GAACAUUACACGGAAGGAUGCUUUCAUGCUCCUCGCGUUGCUGUCAAAUCGGCGUUCCUUCGCUGCUCUGACGGCCCCCACCUGUUCGACGAAAUGCCUGAGAAUCGUUGAACGGUUUCCGCCCUUCUGCAACUCCAUCAUCCGCGCCACCAUUGAGAAAGGCUCUCCCACAAAAGCCUUGCUCGCCUUUGAAUCCCUGCAUUCCUCCGGCGCCCUUCGGCCGGACCACCGUACCAUCUCUCUACUCCUCAAAGCCUCCUCCAUCUCCCCCCACCUCUACAACGUAUCAGAACUCCACGGUUUGAUCAUCAAACUAGGUCUUCAAUGGCACAGCGCUCUGUCCUCUUCUCUCUUUCUGCUCUAUCUGUCCCGAAACCUCUUGAAACAGGCCCUGCAAUUGCUCGACGACAUUUUCGUCCAAGACACCGACCCAUUCUAUGGCAAUUUACUGAUCACCAGCUUUUCGCGGAAGGAAGACGUUGAGAGCUCCUACAUGGUGUUCAAGAAAAUGCCCGUGAGAGAUAAAAUCUCCUGGAACUCCAUGAUCACUGCUGCGGUUCGGAGCUCGCGGCCUAAAGAGGCCUUGAGCCUCUACAAGCGAAUGAUUGUCGCCGGCGUUGAGCCUGACUGCUUCUCUUUCUCAACUGUUCUCUCCGCCUGUGCUCGCGCCGGCGCACUGUGCCACGGAGAAAGGAUUCACCGGCUGAUGACAGAGAAAGAAGCAGGUUUUGAAUCCAACCCUUUUCUUUGUUCAGCUCUAAUCGACAUGUAUUCCAAGUGCGGAAGAGUCGAUUUGGCUCGAAGUAUAUUUGAUUCUGUAAAUAGAAUCACCAACUCCAUCUCCAUCUGGAAUUCCAUGAUCACCGGUCUAGCAAUCCACGGCCUUGGCGCGGAUGCCCUCCAGACGUUCGACAAUAUGCCCAAACAUGCUAUUUUCCCUGACAAAGUCACCUUCGUAGGAAUACUAACCGCAUGCAGCCACUCUGGCAUGGUGGACGAAGCGCGCUUCUACUUCAAUUCCAUGCAGCGAGAUUUCUUCAUCAAUCCACAGUUAGAACACUAUGGAGCCAUGGUGGACGCCCUAGCGCGCGCUGGGCAAUUGAGCGACGCCUACGAGCUGAUAAAAGAGAUGCCGAUUGAGCCCGAUUCUGCCAUUUGGCGAGCUUUACUCGGAGCUUGUCGAAGGCUUAGCCGUUGGGAUGUUGCAGAGAUGGCGAUGGGGGAGAUGAAGCGAUGCCACAGUGGAGAUUAUGUUCUCCUCUCAAACAUCUACUCGUCAGCUAAGCGUUGGGAGAAGGCUGAGGGAGUGUGGAGAGUGAUGAAGGAGAGAGGAGUGCGGAAGGGUAAGGCAUUGAGCUGGGUGGAGAUGGAUGGGAGAGUUCAGCAGUUCAAGGCUGGAGAUCGAUCGCAUCGCAAUUCUGAUGAGAUUUAUAGAGUGUUAGGGGAGCUAACGAGGAGAGCUAAGGCGGAGGGAUAUGUGCCUGUUACUGAAGGGACUACCAAGGAUGUUUCCGACGAGGAAAAGGAGGAGACUUUGAGCAGUCAUAGUGAGAAACUUGCAGUGGCUUAUUGCGUGAUGAGGAAUGGUGCAGAGGGGAUCCAUGAAAUUCGGGUUUCGAAGAACUUGCAGACUUGCUGGGACUGCCAUGGGUGGAUGAAGGCUGUAUGUAAGGUGUUGGGAAGGGUGAUCACUGUCCGGGACAGGAUUAGAUUCCACAGGUUUGAGAACGGGGAGUGCUCUUGCAGAGAUUAUUGGUAAUUAUGGGAGCAGGGUGAUUUGCAGAUAGUUUUGAAUUUAACAUUAUAAAUGGUAUAGUGAGCGAGCAUGCCAUUAAUUAAAAGAGGAGUAUUGCAUAAAGCAUAACAACAUCAAAGUGGUGGAUAAGAAUCUAUCAAUAUGGAGACUAAGAGUUUGUGACUAUCUGACAUUUCCUAAAUUUGAGGAGAUAAUGACUUGAAUUAUCUAUGUUGCGUGGGAGAGAACUCCAAGAAAUUCUCCUAGAGCAGAGACGCCCAAAGGAUACUUUAAUUCAAUUGUGAGGAGGAGACUUUUUGGAUCUAGAGCCUUGAUCUCUACUCUAGUUGCAAAUGAGACAUAUUAUCCUGAUGGUUUGGAGUCGACUUCAACUCUUCAUUACGAGGAAAGGAGGAAUGAGGAGGUCGCCACUAUUCAGUGCCUUCCCAAGGGAGAUUGAUGAGGUCAAGCCUCUAGCAAAAUAUAAAAUCUCUCACCUUGAUUCGUUUAAGGGAAAGAUAAUUCUGGUGGCCAUCUUGCUUACUUUGAGUUGGAUGCCUCUCUUCUUUAUAUCAUCAAUGCAUUGAAGUGUUGGAUAUCUUCACAAUCUUCAAGGAAUCACCUCUAAGGUGAUUCUCGCUUCUGUCACUCAAUGUCAUUCUCUUCUUUAGCUGAGUUCAAGAGGUUGUUCUUGACUAGGGCUGCAAACGAACCGAGCCGAGUCAAGUAUGUGAGUGUUCAUGUUUGUGUUCAUUUAAUAUUAGCUUGUUCAAGUUUGGUUCA